AUGUAAGUUACUAACGACGAAUAUAUACUCCCAAAUCUACUUCAAGGAAUCACUAUUAGAAACCAAGUAUUUUAUUUAAACUAUUCAGGAAAUCUCAAAUCUAUCAUAAACAUUAGAUAGAUUACAUUUUAUUAAAGGAUUGCAUGAAGAAGAUAAUCUAAGAUUGAGAGCUAUAAUUACUGAUAUGUAAUAUAAUUUUGAAGCUGUCGUUGCAUAAAAGUAUUCUUUUUCAUAAAAUUAUUAGAAAUAUCGAAAUUUCUAGGCUGAGUGGAAGAGUGAAAUAUUUAGAAGAAGAACUUUAUCAUUUAAAUAGAUUACCUCAAAAUAAAUAUUAAAUUACUAAUAAGGAUGAUUUUGAUCCAUCCAAACUUAGAGAGUUAGAAAGAGAUAUUAAAUUAAAGGAUUAAUAAAUUUAAGAUAUCACUAAUGAACUCCAAUAACUAAAGGCAUAAAUUGCAAAUAGAAUUUAAGAAGCUACUAAUUAAGAAAGGAAAAAAGUAUAAAAUGAAUAAAAGGAAAUGAACUUACCUUUUUUAGUUGAGAAUGAUAAUUUGAAAAAAGCAAAUUCAGAUUUGA